AUGGCCAACACCAACCAAACCAGAAACCACCACGGGGUCCCAGGGUCCGCCCACAGGAACAUCAUUCCGGACCACCACCACCUUCCCAACCGCAUCUCCAUCCAAGACCACUCAAUCCACUCACGUUCCAAACUCUGCCACCUCCUCUGUCACUCCCACUUCUCACAGAGUGAUCACCCCAACACAACCCGAGACCAUCUCUACAGCAAGGCCAACAGGCCCUUCUCCAUCAUCGACACAUGUCCCUGCCACAGGCACUGUGCCCUCACCCUCCACAGUGCCAUGGACACCUACCACAAGAGGAACCACCCAAGCCCCUCACUCUGUCAGCACAGCCAAAACCUCCACCUCCCUGGUGUCACACCCCUCCGCACCUGCCCACUCUGGCACCACAUCUGCUCCACGCACCACCAUCUCCCCCAAGACCACCAGUCCGCCCACAGGAACAUCAUUCCGGACCACCACCACCUUCCCAACCGCAUCUCCAUCCAAGACCACUCAAUCCACUCACGUUCCAAACUCUGCCACCUCCUCUGUCACUCCCACUUCUCACAGAGUGAUCACCCCAACACAACCCGAGACCAUCUCUACAGCAAGGCCAACAGGCCCUUCUCCAUCAUCGACACAUGUCUCAGCCACAGGCACUGUGCCCUCACCCUCCACAGUGCCAUGGACACCUACCACAAGAGGAACCACCCAAGCCCCUCACUCUCCAAAACCUCCACCUCCCUGGUGUCACACUCCUCCGCACCUGCCCACUCUGGCACCACAUCUGCUCCACGCACCACCAUCUCCCCCAAGACCACCAGUAGAGGCACCGGGAGCCCAGGGACACACACCGCCACAGCCACACCCAACAGGCCACACACUCCCUUCACUUCUCACUCCGCCCCCACUGGUUCCGUGUCCACCACCUCCCACAUUACAGGUCCGCCCACAGGAACAUCAUUCCGGACCACCACCACCUUCCCAACCGCAUCUCCAUCCAAGACCACUCAAUCCACUCACGUUCCAAACUCUGCCACCUCCUCUGUCACUCCCACUUCUCACAGAGUGAUCACCCCAACACAACCCGAGACCAUCUCUACAGCAAGGCCAACAGGCCCUUCUCCAUCAUCGACACAUGUCCCUGCCACAGGCACUGUGCCCUCACCCUCCACAGUGCCAUGGACACCUACCACAAGAGGAACCACCCAAGCCCCUCACUCUGUCAGCACAGCCAAAACCUCCACCUCCCUGGUGUCACACCCCUCCGCACCUGCCCACUCUGGCACCACAUCUGCUCCACGCACCACCAUCUCCCCCAAGACCACCAGUAGAGGCACCGGGAGCCCGGGGACACACACCGCCACAGCCACACCCAACAGGCCACACACUCCCUUCACUUCUCACUCCGCCCCCACUGGUUCCGUGUCCACCACCUCCCACAUUACAGGUCCGCCCACAGGAACAUCAUUCCGGACCACCACCACCUUCCCAACCGCAUCUCCAUCCAAGACCACUCAAUCCACUCACGUUCCAAACUCUGCCACCUCCUCUGUCACUCCCACUUCUCACAGAGUGAUCACCCCAACACAACCCGAGACCAUCUCUACAGCAAGGCCAACAGGCCCUUCUCCAUCAUCGACACAUGUCCCUGCCACAGGCACUGUGCCCUCACCCUCCACAGUGCCAUGGACACCUACCACAAGAGGAACCACCCAAGCCCCUCACUCUGUCAGCACAGCCAAAACCUCCACCUCCCUGGUGUCACACCCCUCCGCACCUGCCCACUCUGGCACCACAGCUGCUCCACGCACCACCAUCUCCCCCAAGACCACCAGUAGAGGCACCGGGAGCCCGGGGACACACACCGCCACGGCCUCGGCUACUCCCAACGGGCCACAUACGCCCUUCACUUCUCACUCCGCCCCCACUGGUUCCGUGUCCACCACCUCCCACAUUACAGGUCCGCCCACAGGAACAUCAUUCCGGACCACCACCACCUUCCCAACCGCAUCUCCAUCCAAGACCACUCAAUCCACUCACGUUCCAAACUCUGCCACCUCCUCUGUCACUCCCACUUCUCACAGAGUGAUCACCCCAACACAACCCGAGACCAUCUCUACAGCAAGGCCAACAGGCCCUUCUCCAUCAUCGACACAUGUCCCUGCCACAGGCACUGUGCCCUCACCCUCCACAGUGCCAUGGACACCUACCACAAGAGGAACCACCCAAGCCCCUCACUCUGUCAGCACAGCCAAAACCUCCACCUCCCUGGUGUCACACCCCUCCGCACCUGCCCACUCUGGCACCACAUCUGCUCCACGCACCACCAUCUCCCCCAAGACCACCAGUAGAGGCACCGGGAGCCCGGGGACACACACCGCCACAGCCACACCCAACAGGCCACACACUCCCUUCACUUCUCACUCCGCCCCCACUGGUUCCGUGUCCACCACCUCCCACAUUACAGGUCCGCCCACAGGAACAUCAUUCCGGACCACCACCACCUUCCCAACCGCAUCUCCAUCCAAGACCACUCAAUCCACUCACGUUCCAAACUCUGCCACCUCCUCUGUCACUCCCACUUCUCACAGAGUGAUCACCCCAACACAACCCGAGACCAUCUCUACAGCAAGGCCAACAGGCCCUUCUCCAUCAUCGACACAUGUCCCUGCCACAGGCACUGUGCCCUCACCCUCCACAGUGCCAUGGACACCUACCACAAGAGGAACCACCCAAGCCCCUCACUCUGUCAGCACAGCCAAAACCUCCACCUCCCUGGUGUCACACCCCUCCGCACCUGCCCACUCUGGCACCACAUCUGCUCCACGCACCACCAUCUCCCCCAAGACCACCAGUAGAGGCACCGGGAGCCCGGGGACACACACCGCCACGGCCUCGGCUACUCCCAAUGGGCCACACACUCCAUUCACUACUCACUCCCCACACACAGGUUCCGUGUCCACCACCUCCCACAUUACAGGUCCGCCCACAGGAACAUCAUUCCGGACCACCACCACCUUCCCAACCGCAUCUCCAUCCAAGACCACUCAAUCCACUCACGUUCCAAACUCUGCCACCUCCUCUGUCACUCCCACUUCUCACAGAGUGAUCACCCCAACACAACCCGAGACCCACUCUCCUUCCAUCUCUACAGCAAGGCCAACAGGCUCCUCUCCGUCAUCGACUCAUGUCCCUGCCACAGGCACUGUGCCCUCACCUUACACCCCGCCAUGGACACCUACCACAAGAGGAACCACCCAAGCCCCUCACUCUGUCAGCACAGCCAAAACCUCCACCUCCCUGGUGUCACACCCCUCCGCACCUGCCCACUCUGGCACCACAGCUGCUCCACGCACCACCAUCUCCCCCAAGACCACCAGUAGAGGCACCGGGAGCCCGGGGACACACACCGCCACAGCCACACCCAACAGGCCACACACUCCCUUCACUUCUCACUCCGCCCCCACUGGUUCCGUGUCCACCACCUCCCACAUUACAGGUCCGCCCACAGGAACAUCAUUCCGGACCACCACCACCUUCCCAACCGCAUCUCCAUCCAAGACCACUCAAUCCCCUCACGUUCCAAACUCUGCCACCUCCUCUGUCACUCGCACUUCUCACAGAGUGAUCACCCCAACACAACCCGAGACCCACUCUCCUUCCAUCUCUACAGCAAGGCCAACAGGCUCCUCUCCGUCAUCGACUCAUGUCCCUGCCACAGGCACUGUGCCCUCACCUUCCACCCCGCCAUGGACUCCCACCACAAGAGGAACCACCCAAGCCCCUCACUCUGUCAGCACAGCCAAAACCUCCACCUCCCUGGUGUCACACCCCUCCGCACCUGCCCACUCUGGCACCACAGCUGCUCCACACACCACCAUCUCCCCCAAGACCACCAGUAGAGUCACCGGGAGCCCGGGGACACACACCGCCACAGCCACACCCAACAGGCCACACACUCCCUUCACUUCUCACUCCGCCCCCACUGGUUCCGUGUCCACCACCUCCCACAUUACAGGUCCGCCCACAGGAACAUCAUUCCGGACCACCACCACCUUCCCAACCGCAUCUCCAUCCAAGACCACUCAAUCCACUCACGUUCCAAACUCUGCCACCUCCUCUGUCACUCCCACUUCUCACAGAGUGAUCACCCCAACACAACCCGAGACCAUCUCUACAGCAAGGCCAACAGGCCCUUCUCCAUCAUCGACACAUGUCCCUGCCACAGGCACUGUGCCCUCACCAUCUACCCCGCCAUGGACACCUACCACAAGAGCCAGAACCUCCACCUCCCUGGUGUCACACCCCUCCGCACCUGCCCACUCUGGCACCACAGCUGCUCCACGCACUACCAUCUCCCCCAAGACCACCAGUAGAGGCACCGGGAGCCCGGGGACACACACCGCCACGGCCUCGGCCACUCCCAACGGGCCACACACUCCUUUCACCUCUCACUUUGCCCCCACGGGUUCUGUCUCCACCACCUCACAGUUCACUUCUCUCACCACCCGAGUUCCCUUGCCCAGCCUCAUGUCAUCCACGCUGGGGGUGACAUCCAUCCAAAGUUCUCCCGCUACGAACCUCACUACCAAGCAUCCUGGUACCACUGGACUGCUGACCACUCUCUUCCUGACCAGCUCCAUCACUGCUCACAGAAGCUCCUCUACCCCCACUGCCGGUUCCUCCACCUCCUCUCUCCUCACAUCCGGGCCCAGCUUCUCCAGUUCUGAGCCCAGCAAACCAGACACACCUAUGCCCGCAGAGGUCUGCCGAGUGCGGGAGCUGGAGGAGGAGGUCACUUACCAGGGGUGCACAGCCAACGUGACAGUGACCCGCUGCGAGGGUAUCUGCGCCUCCUCAGCCAGUUUCAACGCCUACACCAACCAAGUGGACACCCUCUGCAGCUGCUGCCACCCCCUUGGCUCCUACGAGAAGCAGCUGGUACUGCCUUGUCCAGACCCCGGGGCACCGGGCAAGCAGCUGGUGCUCACGCUGCAGGUGUUCAAACGCUGUGUGUGUGGCCCCUGGCGCUGCAGAGACCAGGGCCAGCCCCCCUGCAAGGUCUGCAGCACUGGCUGCAACUAUGACCCAGGGACAACGGCGCUGACAGCCCAAGGCUACCAAAAGGGAAGAGACCAGCUUGCCUUCUAG